CACUCAUGAGCGCAUCGGGGCAUUGUCGCUUUUUCGUUCCUCUGCCACCCACAUCUCAUCUGCUGCUUAAAGUCGCCAGACCACUCCCAUGCUCUAUGCCCCAGUCCUCAAGAAAGUUCCCAUUGUGUCAUAUCUGUCUUCUCGUGCAGUGCACUCAAACGCAGCCAAUGCCUCGAAACCUCGUGUCGCAUGAGCCAUGAGCUGGCAAAGAACAAUGCAAAUCUGCAAUCAAUACCUUAGCGAUAACAUCACCUUAAGAGGUCCCAGGGUGGCAUAGGCAUUGUGGAUAUUGCACCCCUCUCCUCUUCUUCCUCUCUCUUUCUGUUACCCAUCCUCACCGGAGCGACCCAGUCACCACGAUGCCUUCAGACCUCAACGUCUUCGCCGAUGUGGAUCCUGGACACGUCGAGCUUUCGAGCAUAAUCGAGUCGAUGAAGCUUCUCAGGCUGCGCGCGAUCGCGCUGUGCCAGCGGGGAGAGAUUUGGAACGCAGAGGACACUUGGAUGGGGAACCCCGAGAUGAUCAGCUUCCUCUCCGACGUCGUGCGGUGGUUGCCUGGCCAGGCGGAGGAGUGCUCGAUCGCACGGACCGCCAUCGCUGCGAAUUUGGGCCUGACGACCGCGCGGAACGCGAGGGACGACUACGUGCGCAGCCGCCCAGCCCCUCCCGGCACACUCGAUCCUUCGUGUCUUUUCCAGGGCAGCACACCCGAGCCUCAGACGCUGACCACGCAUAAACGCACUUGGCAAGAAACGCACCACGAUGACGAUGACAUGGAUGGUGAUCCGCGUGGGUUUCUUGAUUCCCCGACCAAGGCGACUAUCCUAAGCACCCCGGGCAGCGGGGAGCCCAAUGCCGUAUUCCACUCCCGCCCCGCCCUCUCGCCCGAUGAGACACUCGAUAUGCCGCCGUUCGUCCACCAGCUUCUGACUCCCGCUUUCAUGGACGGCGUGAUGCUGAGCUCGGACGGCAACAUCACCACCUUCCCCCUCCUCGAUCCGCACCCGGCGCUCAUCUUGUCUCAGCCGCCCGUGCCGCCCAUGAGCUCCCACCGCGUUGACCGCACGCCCGGGAUGUCGGGCCUCAGCCCUUCGUCCCGCACCCUGUGGAUCCAGCGUCAGCGCCGUCAAGCGCAGAUGCAGCCUCCGCCGAUAGAGCCAUCGUCGCCGACGCCGGGACCGAUGACGGCGAGACGCAGGCGCGCGAUAGCCGCUGCUGCUGCCGCUGCCGCCAAUCCUGCCGCGCAGCCGAGUGCUCCGGUGUUCGACCCACGGGCUAUUGCGGCAUCUCGCGGCCCCAGGAGGCUUGGAUGAGUACGUUUACGUGCUGGUGUCAGAGGGAACGCUAAGAGAAUGGAUGAUCAACUUGACCAAUCUCAAAAGUGGAAUUCAAUCCUUAUCUUGUAGUUUUUGACGAAUGUAGUAUUAUGAACGUAUCUAUUGUUUUCGACAACGCAGUCCGACUCUG